AAUGACAGAAAGGAAAAGUAACAUAAAUAAAUAUAUGCCCAUCAAUGAUUUAAAAAUGAAUAAAUAAGACAUUAAACAUCUGGUUUGAUUAAAAUCUGUAUUUGCUAUAAGAUUAAUAAAUGAGUUUUGUUAGUUCAUGAAAUAUGUACUGUAAGGUACACAUUGCAGUUUUGGUAAACAGUGACGUUUUUCCACACACUGUAAAAAGUAAACGUUGGGUUAAAAAUUACUUCAACUGGUAACGCCAAAAGUUUUUUUUACUUAAAUGUUCUCAAUUUUCUUUACAGUCAGUGCAUUUCUAAGCUGAGUUAACUCCCAUCAUUACAGUAGGCAAAACAAUGAGUAAUACAUAUUUUAAAGUAAGCGAUAGAAGAACAAAUCAUAUACGUUGCUUAUGCAUACUUGCAUAAUUAUCCUUUGACGUGAUAAGGGGAGUGGAUCAAGAGGUAGGUGAGUUCACUCGCCGCUAGCACGCUGAAACAUGUUUAGGUUCAAGAUGUUCCCAGUAAUGCCAAGUUACUACGUAAAGAAAGCCGCAGGAAGAUGAUAGACAUGUUGUCCCAUAUUAAUAUUAAUCCAGUGCGCGUAAUUUUUUAAAUCGUCCUGCAGGUUAAUGCGAUUCAACAAUCGUAAAGUUGAUUCUUAACUGAAUGGGGACCGUGAGGACCGUGUCUGCAGUACAUAUUUUUUUAAAUGCAGAGUCUCUAAAUGUGGGCCUCACAUCUGCAGAAGGAAUUCAAUGAGCAGUGAGUGUGGCGGCAGGGUGGUGUAACGUGUGUUUUGGACUGGCUGCAGGGCUUUUGGAGUUUGAAAGGGAUUAAAAGUGGUGGGAAGGACAGACCCCAUGGCUCUGGAAAAGAAGAAAGGAGGAGUCCUUCCUCCUGAUGGCGGCUGGGGAUGGAUGAUCGUGGCUGGCUGCUUUGUAGUAACCGUAUGCACCCGAGCUGUCACGAGGUGCAUCUCUAUAUUCUUUGUUGAAUUUCAAAUGCACUUUGCAAAAGAUUACUCGGGGACAGCAUGGAUUCAUUCAUUAGUGGACUGCACAACCAUGCUCUGUGCUCCACUCGGAAGCCUGAUCGGGAAUCGGUUGUCAUGCCGCAUCGCUGUAAUACUAGGAGGAUUCCUGGCUUCUAUAGGAUUAGUUCUCAGCUCUUUCGCUACCAGUCUGGAGUAUCUUUACCUUUCUCUGGGAAUCUUAACUGGGCUUGGCUUUGCACUCUGCUAUACACCCGCUAUCGCCAUGGUCGGUGUGUAUUUCUGUGAGAGGAAAGCUUUGGCCUAUGGCAUUGCCAUGUCUGGAAGUGGCAUCGGGACUUUCAUCUUGGCCCCUGUGGUGCAGCUGUUAAUCGAACAUUACUCGUGGCGUGGAGCUCUUCUUAUCCUGGGUGGCUUCGUGUCUAACCUAUGUGUAUGUGGAGCUCUGUUACGGCCCAUCAUUUUAAAGGAAGAAGAGGCCUGUCCUCUUCCAGUGGACUCGGAGUGUGGCUAUGAUGGCAAGCUGUCUGAGGUGAACGGUAUGCUUACGGGGAAGGUGGCAGGCAUCAAAUCAGAAGCGGACGGUAACGUGCGUUGCCUUCAGUCCCUGCAGGAAUACAGCUUUCUGCUAAUGCCCGACUUCCUGGUGCUGGCAGGGUCCUUCUUUCUUUUGGCUACUGGCUGCAGUCUGCCGUUCGUGUAUUUGGUGCCUUAUGCCCUGGAUGUAGGUGUCAGUCAUCACAAUGCUGCCUUCCUAAUGUCAAUAUUGGGAGUCAUUGACAUUAUAGGGAACAUUUCAUUCGGCUGGCUCACGGAUAGGAGGUUUCUAAAAAAAUACAGGAAUAUUUGCUACCUGCUUGCAGUGGGGAUGGAAGGAUUAUGCUGUCUUUUUAUUCCACUCUUAAACACAUUUGUCCUGCUGAUACCUUUCUCUGUGCUCUACGGGUACUUUGAUGGAGCCUAUGUUGCUCUUAUCCCUGUGGUAACAUCAGAUGUUGUAGGAACAACGUACUUAUCUUCAGCUCUGGGGGUUGUGUACUUCCUCCAUGCAGUUCCUUAUCUUGUCAGCCCACCCAUUGGAGGUUGGCUGGUAGACACCACAGGAACUUACACAGCAACAUUCUUUCUAAGUGGAUUUGCUCUGAUCUCAAGCUCUCUCCUGCUGUUCGUGGCCUUCAUCAUUCGCCACUGCCAGAGAAAGCAAAAAAACUGUCUGAGCGAAGACCCAAAACUGGAGUCAUGUGAGGGCAAACAAGUGGACUAUUAUAAUUCAAAAAAUAAAGGCCUUACGAUAAUUAUCCCAGCCACAUCAUAGUACUGGGAUAGUGAUUUUUUUUUAUAGUAAAAAAUGUUUUUAUUUGCAGAAACUUGUAUAGGGGCGGUUUCCCGGACAGGGUUUAGAUUAGUCCUAUACUAAAAUAAAUGUAAGAGCUGUCCAAACUAAAAACAACUUGCACUGACAUAUCUUAAGAUACAUCAGUGCCCUUUGUUUUGCCUCAAAAUGCACACAAGUAAUGUUUUUAGUAAAGCAUGUUUGUUUGGUUUAAAGUCCUAUUCCUGGCUUAAGCUAAUCCCUGUCCGGGAAACCACCCCAUACAGUCACAGAUAGUGUUUAAUUAGCAACAAAUUUGUUGUACAUGCCUUUUUACUUUGUUUCUCUCUAAAAAUGCAUUUCAUUCUGAUCUAGAAUGACAUCUUUAUAAAGGAGAGACUCCAACCUGUUGCACAUUACAUAUUAGGUAUUUUCUAUAUAUGUCUCAUUUUCACCAUAUUUUCCCAACAGUGGUUAAGCUUUAUUUGUGUAGUGUGACCCUGGACCACAAAACCAGUCAUAGGUAGCACAGGUUUAUUUGUAGCAAUAGCCAACUAUACAUUAUGGGUCAAAAAAUGUAUGCAAAUAAUCAUUAGGUUAUUAGAUCAAUUUCUUACCAUUAAUUGACCUUCAAAUGUGAUUUUCUCAUAUAUAUCUUGGCCAAAUAUCCUAUCCGAACACCCAUACUUCAGUGGCUUAUGUAUUCAGUUUUCAGAUGAUGUAUAAAUCUCAUUUUAAAAAUUGUU